AUGUUGCGAUUUCGGCAGACCGUGCGAUUUUUCUCCUCGGCCGAAUUCGCCACGAACUUGGCGUCGACAUCGACGGUCAAUAAAAGUUGGCAGGUUUUGGUGGUGCAUCCGAAGGUGAGCACAUUUUUUCGGGAAAUUGGCGAUUUUUUAUCAAGAAAAUUUCGAGGAAUGUUUGAUUUUGAAAAAUCUUGGGAGCACGAGGUUUUCCAGAAAUUUUUAAAAUCUUAAUUUCGAUUUGUAACCGGAAAAAUGAAAAUCUUUCAUGAAAAAGAAAAUUGUAAUUUUCAGACUAUAGCUCCAAACUAUUGGGAAAAUUAUAAACCUCUGAAAUAUACUAAAUUUUUGAAACAGUUGAAUUUUUCAAGACGUUUUUUUUGUUGAAAAAAAGGAGUGUACUGAAAAUGUAAGAUUAUUGAAAAAUCUAGAUUUUUUAAAACACUGAAAAAUAUUUUUAAAUUAUGAGUAAAUGUUUUCAGGUCAGAUGGGGUUCCGGAUCAGCAUCAAUUCUGAAAAAUGCCGAUCGACAACUUGAAGAAGCCGUUUCACUGGUCAAUAAUUUGUCAAAUAUGAUUGCAGUUGAGUAAGGGUUUUAUGGAAGGGAAUUGAAAAAUUCAAUAUGUUUUGAAAAAAUCUCCAUUAAAAAUCUCACUAUUUUUCAGUAGCCUAAUUAUGCCCGUCGAUUACAAUACAAAACGAAAAUCAAUCUGGGCGACAGGAAAUCUCGAAAAAUUGGUAGAAAAACGAGAAGAAGCUCGAGCCACCGCUUUGAUGGUUAAUGUUGAUGUUUUGAGCCCAAUGCAACAAGAGGAAUUAUUCCGAAUUUUUGAAGUUCCAAUCUUCGACAGAUACAAUAUUGUUUUAAGUAUUUUCAAAGAAUAUGCAAUGACCGAAGAAGCUCGAUUACAAAUUGCAUUGGCUGAAUUACCGUAUAUUCGAAGUCGAAUUCAAUCGCUGAAUUCGAAAAGAUUAUCGGGAAAGUCGGAAAUUCUACACGUUUCGGAACAAUAUGUGGAAUAUGAUGGGGAUUUGGCGGAAAAUUUGAGAAAAAAAGAACAGGAAUUGAGGAAACAAUUGAGAGAAUUGAAAGAUGAUGAACAUAUUUCACAAGGUAGGGAAAAACAUUUGAUUGGCACUUAAGUAUGAGCAAUCCACGAUGUUCCAGAUUCUGGAACAGCCACAGUUGCUGUUGUUGGCUAUACAAAUGCUGGAAAAACGAGUUUGGUUAAAAAACUAACUGGAGCUGCAAAUUUGGACCCGAAAGAUCGACUUUUCGCAACUCUCGAUACCACGCGACAUUUUGCAAAAUUACCAUCGGGAAGACGAGUUUUGUUCGCAGACACUAUUGGAUUUUUGAGCGAUUUACCGAUUCAUUUGAUCUCGGCUUUUGAGGCAACUUUGGCGCAUGUCAAAUUUGCUGAUGUCAUAAUUCAUUUGCGCGAUAUUUCGAAUCCGGAUUGGAAAGCGCAAGAGGAAGAUGUGAUAAAUACGUUGAAAUCGAUUGGAGUUGAAGAGGAAAUUAUGGGAAAACGAAUGAUUAUGGUGGAUAAUAAAGUAAGAUAUUUUUUUUAAAGCAAUAUUUUUAGCCUGACUCUUUGCAGAUUGAUAAAUGCUCAUUUGUGCCAUUACCUUCUGAAUCUUUUCAUAUUUCUUGUAAAACUGGAAAUGGAUUUCAAGAACUCAUUUUGAAAAUUGAUGAAAAAGUGAUUGAAACAACAAAAUGUAAAAGGAUUCGAAUCAAAUUAGAUGUUCGAUCACCGAUUGUUGAAUGGCUUUACAGGUAAGGAACUCUCAAGAAAUCUGGAUGUUUCCACGUCAUAACUCAAUCUCAGCUUCUACGUUUUUUCAGGAAUCAAUUUGUUAUCACUGAACCAAUUGCUGAUGGAAAUAUUUUGAAUUUUGAUGUGGUUUUGAACGAAUCCGAGUUGGGAAAAUUGAAGAAACAAUUUAAAAAUUUGAAGAAAAAAUGAUGUAUUUAUUAUUUAUUUUUUAUUUGAAGAAAACAAUUUUUUCCACAUUUUUAUUGGUUUUUUGAUUCGCAAAUUAAUGGUUUUCUACCAUUUUUCUAUAUAUUUAUUUUUUUUUUUGAAAUCUAGAUUGCGAAAUAUUUCCCAUUAUAAACCCUCUUCUCAAUUCCCAAAUUUUCUUAAAAAUAUUUAUUUUGCAGAUGACUGAAAAUGUGAAAAUUGUGAUGCGACACUUGCCCAGAUUUAUCACCGAGACCGAAGUUUUGCAAAUUAUUGGUGAAUUUCCCCCGGAAGUUUUGAGCUAUUAUUUCUCGCCGGCGGAUAUUUCGUGAGUUUUUUCUUGAAAAAUUAAACGAAUUUUAAUUUAUUUAUUUCUAGAUUUGAACCAUUGGCAUUUGCCUCGAUGUAUAUUGUAUUUUCUUCUUUUUGCGAUUCGUUGUUCGAAUUUGAGAAACGGUUUGAGGGAUAUAUUUUCGUGGAUUCAAAGGUAAGUUAAUUUUAAGGGUAAUAGAUUUUUCAGUUGAAUAGCGCUUACGAAAUUCAUUUUUAUGAAAAAAUUCUCGUAAUUUAUAUUCACUUCUUGCAGGGAAUCGAUUCAAUGUGCAACAUUGAAGUUGCAACCUAUCAAUCGCACGCAAAAUGCAAUCGUGAUGAAAUGAAAAAAGAUUCGAAAUGCGGAAAAAUUACCGAGGAAUCGUAUUUCAAGAAAUUCAUGAAAAAAUUGGAGGAAACUGAAAGCACUCCGAUUAUUACACUCGAACAACAAAUUUUGAGACUUGGAAGAGGAGAUGAUGCAAAAACACGUAGGUUGAACCCGGCUGGGAAAAUUGAUGGGGUCUUGUUUAAAAAUACUAAUUCAUUUCAGAAUUGGAAAGAUUGGAUACUCCACUUGUCAAAUUCAUCUACAAUGAACAAAUCGAAAAACAACAGGCAAAACUCUAUCGAAAUAUUCAAAGAGAAGCGAAAAGAUCGACGAGAAUUGCGAUGGAUUCGGCUGGAACAUCUGAAGAAAAUGGAAGAAGAAUUAGUGGAGCUGCUGUAAUAAGAAGAGAAAGAAAAGCUGAAAAUAUUGGAAGUGGAAGAGGAGAUGAGAAAAAAGGAGAACCUCGAAUUAGAGAUAAGGAAAAAGAAAAGGAGAAGAAAAAGGAAAAGAAAUUGUUGGAUCCAGUCAAAUUGGAAAAGGUUUGAUUUUUGAGAAGGGUUUUGUUAGAUAAAUUCAUCGAAAUUGUAAGUUUUUCGAAAAUAGUUUAUUUUGAAACAGUGAAAGUGUUUCGGGAUUUUUUUUAAUGAAAAAUUUGUUGGGUUGUACUCGCUAAAAAAGUUCAUUUUGAAACCUUCAAAAAUGUUUACGGAUUUUUUUUGUAACAAAAUAGUAUCUUUUAUCAAUUUUUGGAAUCAUUUAAAAAUAAUAUGGGAAUUUUGAAACAGUGAAAAAUUUCCCAAAUUGUAUGAGUUCGAAGACUUUACAAUCAAAUUCCGAAAAAAAAGACAGAAAGAGUGAUUUUAUUUUUGAAACAGCAAAAAAUAUUGUAAGUUGUAAAGCUGAUGAUUUUAAUUGUGAGAUUCAUAGAAAAUUUGAAACAUUUCAAUUUUACAGAAACGUGAACGCGACGCAAUUCGAAAACAAAAAUUCCUCGAGAAAAAAUGGAUGAAUGAUCAUGGAAUUAAACCAACACCGCCAGAAGUUCUCAAAGAAGCGGUGAGCUUUAAAAAAAUUAAUAUUGAUCAAUUAACAUAUUUUUUUUCAGCGUGAAGUCAAGAAAAAAGAAUAUCCAAAAACAUCGCGAAACUAUCGAGCAAUUCGAGAAACCCCAAAAAAUCUGGGCGAUCAUGUUGGAGAAGAUUGGAUCAAACGAUUGACUGAUCCGAAAUCGAAUCUCCGAAAAUCGUCGGAAAGUUGA